AUGCCUUCAUUUUGGAACACUAUUGUGUUUUGCUUAAAGGUUUCGGGUCCCCUAGUUCGUGUGCUUCGUUUGGUUGAUGGUGAAAAAAAAGCUCCUAUGGGAUACAUCUAUGAGGCCAUGAAUAGAGCUAAGGAUGCAAUUGUGAGAAGUUUUAAUGGAAAUGAAGAGAAGUACAAAGAAAUCUUCAACAUCAUUGAUAAGAGGUGGGAGAUUCAGCUUCAUCGGCCUUUGCAUGCAGCAGGGUACUUUUUGAACCCGGAAUUCUUCUAUGAUAAGCCAGAAAUAGAGCAUGAUGCCGACAUUAUGAGUGAUUUGUAUAAAUGCAUCUUAAGGCUAACAAGAGACCCUGCUAAGCAAGAAAAAGUUGUGGCCAAAGUGAGUUUGUUCACAAAUGCCCAAGGACUAUUCGGGAAUGAGUUAGCUGUUAGGACAAGAAAGACUAGAGCACCAGGUGAUUUUGUAUUUGAUGAUGACAAUUUGACAUGGGGUGAUGUUGCUAGAGCUGUUGGAGCUGAGGAGGCCAGGUUUGAUACUAGAGCUAGAGCUAGAGCAAGCUCAAGCAUAAUACCACCAACAAGGGGGAUAGCUUCAAGUUCUAGAACUUUGCCUUCUUAUUCACUAAUAGAUGAAGAUGAAGAUGGAGACAUGGUUGAUUCAGCAGAUGAAGAAGAUGGGGAAGGCUACAAAUGUGGUGAUGGAAAUGAUGAUGAUGAUGAUUUUGUUGAUUUAGAGGAGGAGUGAUGAUUGCUUGUUGUGGACAAAUUUGUGAUUUAAGUGUUUUUUAAUGAUGUUUUUGAAUUGUGGACAAAUUUCAUGUUUUGGACCUUUAGGUUUGGAAACUUUGGAUUUGGAUAUGUAUUAGGCAAUUAGCAAUAUGGAUUUGGAUUUGUUUUUA